GCAUCUCCAACAAUGCCGAGUCCUCCAAUCCCUGGCAUGCCACCGGCUCCUCCGACUACAGCGGCCGCACCGAUCCCAGGCAUGCCAGGGAGCCAGCAGCAGCCGGCGACAACGAACGGUGCCGCCGGUGGAAUACCGAAUCCGGGUAGUUUCGAAGAUUUAUUCAAGAAAGUUAAAGAGAUUUUUCCUCAGCCCAUCGAGGGCUGUAAGCUGGUCAUCAACAAAGGGUUGAGCAACCACUUCCAGAUCAGCCACACGCUGUCCCUCGGCGCAUUCAGCCCAUCCUCGUAUCACUUUGGGACGACGUAUGUCGGCACAAAACAAAUCAGCCCCACAGAGGCAUUUCCAGUCAUGCUGGGAGACAUUGACACCAGCGGCAGCCUUAAUGCGCAGAUCAUUCACCAGCUAGCCAACCGGUUACGAGGGAAACUGGUCGUACAGACCCAGCAAACAAAGUGGGCAGUCUAUCAGGGAGAGCUUGAAUACAGAGGGCCGACCUACACGGGCACCGUGACGGCGGCCAACAUCAACCUGCUGGAUAACUCAGGCAUUGUCGUGGGCCACUACCUGCAGAGUCUCACCGAGAGGCUGGCACUGGGCGCGGAGGUCUUGUUCCACUACGGGCAGGGACAGCGGGCGGCUGUUGUGUCACUAGCUGGCAAAUAUUCAACUGAUAAAUGGAUAGCCUCAGGGACCGUCGGUAUGACGGCGUGUCAUGCAGCGUACUACCACAAGGGUAAAGACGUCCAGUAUGGUGUAGAAUUCGAGAGCAACUUCCGAGCUCAGGAGAGCGCCGCAGCGUUCGGCUAUCAAAUAGAUAUUAACCAAGCCAAUGUUACAAUGAAAGGCAUGGUAGACUCCAAUUGGACAGUGGCUGCUGUCAUGGAGAAGCGGUUACAACCUCUACCAUUCACGUUCCUCCUCAGCGCCGUCCUCAAUCACUGGAAGAGUCAAUACCGCUUUGGCUUUGGCCUCAUGAUAGGCUGAGGUCUAAGGUCGUCACUAGGUAGCCAUUUUUUUGUAUUGGUACAGAGUUACAGAAAUAGAAAUGGGAUUAUCUGACCUGCCGUUGUUACUGUCUUUUUGCAUAAUUAUUUGAAAAUCCCAUUUUACCCACCAUGGUUCCGUUUUUAAUCUCAGCCUGGUAAUUGUGUAUCUUCCUCGUAAUAUAGAUGAUUCUAGUCACAAUGGUAACGCUAGCACUGGCCAUUCACAGUGGCCCCCGUCAAUGGUGAUAAGAGUUGUGAGUACUCUCUGAAGGAGACACUGUGCUGUGGCAGUUCCUCUUUGUCUUUGGCCAUUGAAGGGGGCCAUUACAAAUCCGCAGCAUUAACGUUGCUGAAUUGUCUACAGGAACGGGGCACUGUACGGGGCAUUAUGAUCGAUCGCAAGUCACUGCUAGUCCAUCACAAGUCAUCUAGUCCAAGGCCAAGUCACAAGCUAUUCAGAUGGAUGGACUGAGACAACAGCAUUCCUCUGUUAUUGUUAAUCCUGUUACUAGUGAAUGGGAUUAUCACCCCACGGCAGGCCUCUGUACCGAUGAUGACACACUCUGUUUACAUGGAGCCCAUGGGGUCCACUCAGUGCGCUGAGCACUAUAGGGAAAGCACGCUCCUAGAUAAAAUGUGGCGCUAGUGCAGACGCCUUUCAAAAGGACUGGUGAUGGACUUGACCACAGCGCUGGUACACGGGACCUUGCACAUUACGAAACUGCAAAUCCACUCCAUGAACAAGUACCUUGUCACCUGUGACAGCAAGAGUGUCUUGGUGCCCUGUAUGAACACAGCACAGAUCCAUGCAAUGUCUGGUGUACUCCAUGCCAACCGAUAGUUGACCGCAGGGGGUGCAGUUCCAGGAGUGGUGCAAUUACGGGCGUGGUUUCAAGAGAUAUCACUGAACGGCAUUAGAGAGAAAAAACCUUGCUCUCUCUUUCGGACACAUGACCUGCAGGAUUCAAAGAGUUAGGUGCAUGUAUUCAUUCUUGUUCCACUAUAUUUUGUUGGAUUUGAAUAGACCGGUCUGAGUGGACACCCACACUGCGGUGGCACCACUCUCGUGUUUAUCUUGGGAACUUGAGCAUGUGUACCGUUUUGAAAGUCACAACACCCUAUUGGUCGAAGAGGAAUGUAACACACACAUCACCUGCAUACGAGAGUAACAUGCCACCGCAGUAAUGACUUCAGUUCACUGAGUUCAGUAUUUGAAAAAAACCAAGGUCCGUGGGGAACAAAGCAUGCGCAUGAGUCUACGUAGGGCCAUGCCAAGAGGGCAGACCUCAUCUGCAUGUCAGUUGGACGCUGUUGGAGUACCAUUCUGGUCCCAGUUCCUGUAUUUGUCUGUCCAGAUAGCGUAGUGUGUCUGUGUCCUAUUUGCCCUCACACGUCUGAUUCAAGGAAGAUUACUGGUAAUACGGAAGAGCUUUCUUUUUCCACUGAAUCUAAUCAAGCCAAUUUGUAACAUGUGACAAAAUAACAUAAGGAACACAGUAUAAGAAAAUCGGUAGUUUUCCAAAGAGCCGGUCUUGUUCCAAUAACAUUUCUAUUUAUGAUUUGCGUGUAAUUAAUAAAUUUGGUAAGUUCCUGUUUCUAUUUCUGGGGUACUUUGUUUCAAACUUGGUAUGCAAAUAUUCAGAACUUGGAUCAUUUCAAUAAAAUUAUAACCUUUUUAAACAUCCGUUACACUGAUUGAAAUGGUACUUGUGUGGGUCGUAGAGUACGUGUGGAAAGCACAUGUUGUUAAGACACUGGAAACAUUUGUUUUGACAUAACAGUUGUAAAUUCUCAGCUUUUGUUCUGAAGAAUGUUUUGUAGACUGCCGCUUUUAUUUAUGGUGCAUCUUGAUCAGAUGUUAACAGUGCAUUAAAGUGUUUGUUUCAAACUUUUUUUUUUUCCUGUAUAAUGGCUUGGCACUUGCUUCAUGGAUCCAGCUUAUAUGCCUCCACUUUUUGUUUCAAGGAAUGUUGCUUACAGCAAGGGUCAUUGGCUGGUACACAUGCCCACCUCCCAUAACUACUAGAAUCUGUGAUUUUAUGGCUGAAGCAGCGAUGGUAAUUCUUCAUCACUGCCAAA